AUGAAUGCCAUAACAGCCACCUUCGCUUUCAUCUGUGCAGUGAUCACAGUACACGCACAAAACACCGCAGAGGUACACGUGGACACCGAAGCAAGCUACGUUGUACAACUCAAUGAUUCUAAUUUUGAAAAACUUACACAAGCCGCAACAGGAUCUACUACAGGACCAUGGUUCAUCAAGUUCUACGCUCCAUGGUGCUCACAUUGCAGACAGAUGGCACCAGCAUGGGAAAGAGCAGCAAAGGAAUUAAAGGGUGUUGUAAACGUAGCAGAUGUUGAUGCUACAAGAAGCCCAAAUGUAGCAAAGAGAUUCGAAAUAAAAGGAUACCCAACCAUUAUACUUAUCGACAAGGGACGCAUGUACCAUUACAAACAUGGUGAAAGGAGCACCGAUAGACUCGUCAGUUUCGCAACACACGAAUACCAAAAAACAAUAUCAAGCCCAGUACCUCAACCAUUGACUUACACGGGAAUGAUCAUAGAUUUUGUAAUCACUGGUGUACAUGAGGCACAUCGCAUAUUCGAUGUCGCAUUCCGUGGAUUCUUUAUCAUAUCAACUUUCGCAUUACUCGUAGGACUCAUGAUAGGAACCGUUGUUGGUGUGAUUGUAACGGCAAGAGCAGGAGGACCUGUCACCAGCACCAGCGGACCUAAGAUCAGCUCACGCAAACAAGACUAA